AUGGGCAUACCAGCACCCAUUGAGUCUUCAGGCCCAUCAGGGACCAAUUCAUCAAGAUCCCCAAAGACUCCCACAGACACACAAGAACCAAGCCAUCUGGGAGAUCGGGCAGCAGGGCUAGGCCAGAAAGAGUUCCUGGGUCCUUGGCAGCCCCAGUUGGCUGAUGCCAGGCCUUCAGGGUACAGGUCUUUUUCUCCCACCUCAGCUCAUGUCCCCUCCCCUCUUUCUGGGCUCAGCCUGCCCCCUCCAAGGGCUCCUCCAUGCCAGGGCUCCCAUCCAUGCCCAGCCUUCUGGGCUCUGCAGGCAUCUAGCCCAGCUGCGUGUGUGGAAUUGGGGAUGUCGCAGUGCUUGGCUGGAGGGGAGAGAGCCGGGGAUGCCCUGAACUGGGCAAUGCCCAGGCGCCACGCCUUACCUCCGGGUGCCCGCCCUGCUUUCGCCCAGCCUCAGCAGCUCCCAAGUACCGUCUGCAGCAACCAGCGGCAGUGGCAGGAAGAAAGAUUGGAAAGGGGGGGGGAGGGACCACCACCCCAGCUCCUGCUUAGUCCCUCCCCCCUCUCCGCUUCCCUCCGCCCCCUCCUCAUAGCUCUGGAGCAUCACAGCCAUCCUGGGCCACCUCUGGACUCUGGCAGCCCAGAAGAUACCUAUGGAGCUAGAAGCCGCCACGACCACCCUGUGCCAGGGGACCUGGGGGGGGGGGGCAGCCUGUGGAGGGCGGAGCUGGGCCCCUGCCUGGAUGGGGAGAUGGAAAGCAAUCAGAGCCAGGCGGAGCAAGAGCUGCUAAAACAGAGGAGAGGGGCUGGACCCCAGGAUCCCCUCUGUAACCAGCAUGCUGAGAGUUUCCACGGUGUCAGGAGUUGGAAUGUGGUGGAGGCCUAUGGCCACUCCAAAAUUUGUUGGGGGUGGGAAUUGGACCAAGAUCCUCACCCGCCUCCCUCUUAUCUAGGACCAGGGUCCUCAUUUCUCCCUAUCUCUCUCUAUUUCCCAGCAGUCCCUAGGCCUGUCUCUAAUGGCAGCCUUCCUGACAACAGCAACAGCAGCAGCAGCAGCGGUGAAUCUCGAAACCCAUGGUUGGCCCAGGCUGAGGUGGCACUGCUGGCGGCCAUGUUUGUGUGUGUGAUGUUGAGCAACAUACUGGUGCUGGGGGCCCUGGCCCGCAGGGGCAGGCGAGGCCGGUGGGCCCCUAUGCAUGUCUUCAUUGGCCACUUGUGUCUGGCUGAUCUGACUGUGGCCCUGUUCCAGGUGCUUCCACAGCUGGCCUGGGACAUCACAGACCGCUUCCAGGGCCCUGACUUUCUGUGCCGAGCUGUCAAGUAUCUGCAGAUGGUGGGCAUGUAUGCUUCCUCCUACAUGAUUCUGGCCAUGACCCUGGACCGCCAUCGAGCCAUUUGCCACCCCAUGUUGGCAUUCCGCCAUGGUGGGGCCCGCUGGAAUAGACCCAUCCUGGUUGCAUGGGCCCUCUCAUUGAUUUUCAGCCUGCCCCAACUUUUCAUCUUCAGCCGACGGGAGAUAAAGGAUGAGGCUGGGACCUUCGACUGCUGGGCCCUCUUUAUCGAGCCCUGGGGAGUCCGGGCCUAUGUUACUUGGAUCGCCCUAAUGGUCUUUGUGGCACCAGCUGCAGGCAUUGCUGCGUGCCAGGUGCUCAUCUUCCGAGAGAUCCAUGCCAGCAUGUCCCCUAGGGCAAGUGGUGUGGGGCCUAGUGAGGGUGCCCGGGUCUCAGCAGCCAUGGCCAAGACAGUGAGAAUGACCUUGGUGAUAGUGAUUGUGUAUGUGCUGUGUUGGGCACCCUUCUUCUUGGUGCAGCUGUGGUCAGCGUGGGACCCCCAGGCACCUGUGGAAGGGCCACCCUUUGUGUUACUCAUGCUUCUGGCCAGCCUCAACAGCUUCACCAACCCUUGGAUCUACGCCUCCUUCAGCAGCAGUGUUUCCUCGGAGCUGCGCAGCCUCUUCUGCUGCUUCCGGGCACCGGCUUUGGCCAGCCUUGGUCCCCCUGAUGACUCCUGCGUAACCGCCAGCUCCUCUCUCACCAAGGACACAUCCUCCUGAGGUCCUGGACAGACCAGGAGCAGGUCAGCUCUCUUCCUGGACUCCAGAAAGCUCCAUUCCGAAGCCAACAUCUCCCACAUGGUGCCAACUUGUCCUUCCUAAAGCAAAGGUCUGACCCUGUCGUGACCCUGCUCAGGAAAAGCUUCCAUGGCUCCCCAGUGCCUCUAGGAUAGCAUAAUAUUCUAUUUGGCAUUUAAAGCCCCUCCCAGUCUGGCUCCAGCCUGUAUUUCUGGCAAAUCAUCCAUUGCUGCUCUCUACCUUCCAUACCAUUACACAGGCUGUUGCCCAUGACUGGAAUGUUCUCCCUCUUCCCCUCUGCCUCUUGGAACCCCUAGAAAGCUCAGCUCAAGAGCCACGUCCUUCAAAAGGCCUUUCCUGGUUCUCCCAGGUUAGUGCCCUGCCCCCAAACUCUGUAUUUAUUAUAUAUUUCCCAUAUUUACUUCUCAGGGGGCAUGUCAUAUCCCUAGAAUGUAAGUUCCUUGAGGGCAGGGACUAUCCCACUUUUUUACUUGUAUCUCUAGUGCCUAGCACAUAGUAGGUGCUUAAUAAAUGCUUGUUGAUUGAUGGGGCUUGGGGGGAAAGGACAAGAGGCCCCUGGAAUUUCUGGGAAUUAAGUAUGAUGGAAAGAGCCCUGUACAGGGAAUCAGGAGCUCUGCAUUCUAAUCCUGCAUCUGUUUUUUACUUGCUUGGGCUAAUCACUUCCCCUCACUUAGACUGAGUUUUCCCACCUGUAAAAUAAAAGGGUUCAACUAGAUGCUAAGGGCCCUUAGAGCUCUGCCAUUCUCUGAUUAUUGUCCCUUGGACUAUG